CUUUUCUAGUCAGUUUGAGAUAAUUUGUCUUGGAGUACAGUUCGCAAUUUUAAAUCCGUUAACCAUGAAUAACAUUUUCGAAGCUACAUUGUUCGAUAAAAGGACAAAAAUAUGGUCAGGAGUACAUAAACCCAUGAUAUUCAACCCGAAAAUGUCCCUUGGAAGAGCUAUUUUGUACAUGUUGGACAAAAAUCCGGAUUUUGUGGCUCAGAUCAGUGACAAUAGCGCUGUUCGUAAAACCAAUCGAGAGAUUCACGAUGAAACUUUGAAAAUCGCCGCAAAUCUUCAGAAAAUCGGUUGUUCUCAAGGUGAUGUAGUGGGAUUUCUGUCUAGGAAUAAUGAGAAAAUCGCUUCUGCAGUUUUGGCAGCUUUUCUUCUUGCCGCACCAAUAAAUGCCCUUGAUUUUCAAUUUAGCAAAGAUGAGAUUGUCCACAUGUUUGGAAUCACGCGUCCUAAAUUCAUCUUCUGCGAAAGGGAGAAGGUUGAUCUCCUCAGGGAGGCUCUUGGAGUGUUGAAGAUCAAUCCAAAGAUCAUCGUUUUUGGCGCGAAAUUGGCUGAUCUUCUUCAUAUUGAUGAUUUUCUCGUAAAUCACGAAGAUCUGCAUGAUUUCAGACCUCCUGAAGUGGACAGUAAGACUUGUGCUGUUAUUAUCUGCUCUUCGGGAACAACUGGGCUUCCUAAGGGGGUAUCCUUAAGCAGUGGAAGUCUCCUCUUUCAAGCGAGUUAUGGCUUCACAGAUGAUGUAGAACGACCAGCCUCUAUCAUUUGCUUCAGCUCUAUUUACUGGUAUUCCGGGCUCCUGACCUUACUGACGGGCAGCUUAACAGGAAUCACCCGGAUAAUCACAACUGAUCCUUUUACGCCGGAUCUUUACCAUCGAAUGAUCUUGGAGUAUCGGCCUAAGAUUCUCUUUACAGGCCCUCUGCAACUAUCAGAAAUCCUCAAUUAUAAACUCCUGGAUGACAGCACGAUGGACAGUGUCAAGUACUAUGUUUGUGUGGGAAGCGCCCUGCCUGAAUCAUUGUGGACAACAACUAAAAAAUAUCUCAGAAACGGAAGCAUUUGCAACGGCUAUGGAAUGUCAGAAGUGGGAUUUUUAUCUCGAGAACCUCCCAGAGCUCUGCAAUAUUCCGCCGGUUAUUUAUUGGCUGGAAUUCAGGUUAAGAUCCUGGAUGAUAAUGGAGAAAAAUUGGGUAUUGGAGAGGAAGGAGAAUUGUGCGUUAAAUGGGAGCACAUGUCUCAGGGAUACUACAACAAUCCUGAGGAGACUGCUAAAACUUUUGACAAAGAAGGAUGGGUACAUAGCGGAGACAUUGGUUGUUUCGAUGAAGAUGGUCUUCUGCGCAUUGUUGGUCGAAGUAAAGACAUCCUGAAGUACAAUAACUUUGGCGUAGCUCCCAUUGAGAUUGAAAACCUCAUACUCAGCAUUCCUGGAGUGCUUCAAGCAGUUGUCAUAGGAGUUCCUCAUCCCGUCUCCAUUGAUCUCCCAGCUGCUGUUGUCGUUCGUCAAGAUGGAUCUUCCGUAACGGCUGAAGAGAUUUCAUCUCUGAUUGAGAAAAAUUUGAGCGAUCCGAAGCGUCUUCGUGGAGGGAUUUACUUUGUGGACAGCGUUCCCGUGACACCGUCCGGGAAGGUUAAGAAGAAUUUGGUCAAGGAGAUGGCUACGAAAUUGUACAAAGAGAGAAACACAAAUAACUAAGAAUUAAUGCAUUGCUAUCGUAUUCAUUUUUUUCAAUAAAUCUAUAAUAGGCACUGUUUUCUUA